AGUAGACCGUGACGGCGCUACUGGCGCCAGGAAUUUUCACUUUUCCGUUAACCGUUGUGCGAGUUUGUGCGAAUAUUUCGCGGUGCUUGUUUCCGAAAAUAGUUAUGUUCCAAUAGUUGUCGAUGAAAUAUGUUAAUUGAUUGCGUGCUAGCGCAUCACGUCACGUUCAAGUAAGUGUUAUAUAACAAUAAGUGUAUGUAAAAUGGGUGAGCCAAAACCAUCAGGAUUAAGACCACCUUCAAAAAUUGGUCGACCAUGCAGCAAUCUGCCACCAAGACCAGCGGUUCCACCAUCACCUCCAAGACCAGCAAUGAAUCAGAUGGAUCAUCUCUGGGAAACGCACGGCCGUCGAUUAAGCGAGGCUGGCCUGCGCAGAGGAUCAGAUACUAGCGUCGUCCUGACAGAGGACACCGACAGCUUUAUAAUAGGAGACCGUGUAUGGGUCGGCGGAACGAAACCUGGCUCGAUCGCCUACAUCGGGGAGACCCAGUUCGCUCCUGGUGACUGGGCUGGAGUGGUCCUCGACGAGCCAAUCGGAAAGAACGAUGGAUCGGUGGCCAAUUGCCGCUACUUCCAGUGCGAGCCGAAACGUGGAAUAUUCUCGCGUCUCACCAGGCUGACCAGGGAACCGUUGUCCGACUCCUCGUUCACGUCACCGACGACACAACGGACGCCGACGUCGCCGCCCGACAGCGUCCGAGGAAGCCUCGGGAAAACGGUGUCUCCGUCGUUGAACGCAUCCACAACAAGCCUGUCGUCCACGGUGUCCCAGAGGGAUCUCAAGCUAGGCGAGAGGGUGAUAGUGUCGUCCAGCCAGGGCAGCAAGACAGGUGUCCUCAGGUACCUGGGCAGCACAGAGUUCGCAGCGGGCGAAUGGUGCGGCGUGGAGCUCGACGAGCCUGUCGGGAAGAACGAUGGCUCCGUGUUCGACAAGAGAUACUUCGAGUGUAGACCUAGAUAUGGCCUGUUCGCACCCGCGCACAAGGUCAGUCGAUCGCCGACCAGCCGAAGGACAAGCUGCAUGAUGCACAAACCGACCGGCGCUUCCCUGAACUCGUCCUUGAAGAGGACUGGCUCCAGGGAGUCGCUCGUCUCGUUGUCAAGUAUCGCCAGCACAGCGAGCACAACAGCCAGACCUGGUGGUGUCAGUACAGCGAGGAGGCCUGGUUUGCGCACGGCAACACUUGCACGACCUAUCCUGCAGGAAACUUUGAGGGAGAAGCAGCAAGAAAUAGAGAUUCUACGUAGAGAAAGAGAUUUAGAACGUGAACGUGUCACGAAAGCAGCAAAUCAAGCGGAUCAAGCGGAACAGUCUAUCAUUUCAAUAAAGCAAGAAUAUGAACAGUAUCGAGAGAAAAUGCAAAGGACAGUCACAGAAGCAGAGAUUGCUUUUACGAAAUUACUCGAGGAGAAGAAUGCGCUGACUCAGCAAUUGGAAGAGGAGAAGAGGAAGUGUGAAGACCUAUUGUUUCGUUUUGAAGAAGAGUCUGUCAAUAAGGAUGAUAUUCAGAAAGAGAGAACUGAACAAUGUGUGAUAAAUACUGUAAAUGAAAACAGGAUCAAAGAUCUCGAAAAACAGCUGGCAGAAGAAAGGGAACGUGUCGCACAAUUGGAACAAGACAGUACAAAGUUAUUUGAAACCGAAGAAGAACUGGCACGUCUUCGCAAUGAGGUCUCCAGUGCUGCUCAAGAUAAACAUCAAGUGGAAGAGUUACAGAACCGGAACAGAGGUCUGGAAGAAACAAAGACUAGUCUCGAUAGGGAGGUGCAGAAGAAGACCACGCUUGUGGAACAAUGUGUAGCACAGAUAAGAGAAUUAGAAACAAAGUUAAACGAAAAUCAAAAAGAAAGUAUAACGCACAAAGAGUCAGAAAUAAGUUUAAAGGCGGAAUUGGAUAGGGUGAGAAAUGAUUUACAAGAGAAAAACAUAUUUAUGGAAGACAUGAAAAAAGAACUUGAAAAUAGUAACAAUACUUUGAAAGAAGAGUUGCAGCAAGCUAACGAAACGAUAGAGAAUAUCAGACAAGAAAAUAUAACAGAAAAGGAAUUGUUAACGUCUAAGUAUGAAAAGAUAAUCACGCAGCAAGAAAAUCUGUUGAAAGAAAAAACACAAGAAUUGGAGACCGAAUCAAAGAAGCAAUUGGAAACACAGAACGUUGCGUUGGAGGAACUUAAGGCAGAAAACAUUAAACAAAUCAAUAAACUUUCAGAGUCUUUCAAUGAAGAGUUGAAUAUGAAAGAUAUGAAAAUCAAAGAAGUUUCUAUGCAGCUUGAGCAGAAGAUAUCUGAAACUGAGAAACUGAUGAGUGAAUUAACUGCGCAAAUUGAUCUGAAUAAAAAGAAAGAUGAAGAAUUAAGCAAUGCCUUGAAGAAGCUCGAAGAGUUAAGCGAGAAACUUAAAUUAAUAGAAGAAAAGAAUGUUGUUCUUUCUAACCAAAUGCAGGAAUAUCAAUUAAAAGCUGAAGACAGUUUCAAAAUAAUCCAAGAAAAGCAUAAAUUAGAGGAAGACAUCGCUACCUUGAUGGCUACAGAAGCAAAUUCUUCUACACAAUUAAAGAAGUUAAAUGAAGAAUUGAAGGUAAAGGAAAAGGAAUUGUCAGAGCUUCGUUCCACUACUGCGGCUGAAAUCAAGGAAUUGACUAAACGUUAUCAGGGUCAGAUUGAUGAGAAGUCAAAGUGUAUUGAUGAAGUAAAGGCAGAUAUAUCUCAAAAGUCUUUAUUACUAAGUAAAUUGGAGAAUGAUAUAGUUGAACUAAAACUAAUUCUCGCAAGUAAAGAUGAGGAAAUUAGAAAUCUUAAAGAGAAAACUUCAGAAUUACAAGAUGCUCUUAUGUCAUCGAAACAAACUGAACAUGUUCUGGAGAGCAAAGUUCGGGAAUUUGAGAAUAGUGUAGCAGAUCUGAGACAGGAAAUGGCUGCUGCACAAAAUAAAAUAUCACAAGUCACAGCUCAAAAAGAAAAAUUGGAGGCUGAUAUUGCAAAUUUGAUAAAUAGUUCUGCUGAUUCUUCUGAACAGCUGAUGAAAUACAAUGAGGAUUUGCGAAUGAAAGAAAAAGAGCUGGAUGAGUUGAAGGAUAAAACAUUUAAAAGUGAAAGUACAGUAAAAUCAUUAGAAACAAAAUUGAGUAAUAUGGAGCAAGAAUUGAAUAAAGUUAACACUUUGACUCAGGAACAGCGUACAGAAUUAGAAGACAAUAAGUCUCAAUUGCAAAAAGAGAAAAGAGUGAAUUCACAGCUGUUAGACAAAAUAAAACAGUUUGAAGCAGAGAAUAGUGAGUUGCAGAAGAUUAUUAAUGAAAAUGAACAGGUUAAAUGUAAUCUUAACGAGAAAUCUCAAGAAGCUUUGAACUUUGCAAAUGAAUUAAAGAAUAGUAGAGAGGAAAUCCGUAAUGUUCAACAGCAAUACGAUGCAUUGCAGAAUUCACACAAAGAAAAAAUGUCGUCUUUGCAGAAACAACUUGACGAUUUGCAGGCAGAACUAGUUGUUUCUCAAGAAGAGACGAAAGCCUUACAAAAAGUUAAAACUAAGUUAGAAGCAGAUCAAAGUGCCAAUCGUUGGUCAAUCGAAGAGUUAACUGAAAAGUUAGCAACCGAAGUAGAAAAUCGUACAAAGCUAGAGUUUUUAAUAUCGGAGAAGAACUCUGAUCUCCAGCAAAUUCAAAAUAAAUACUUAGAAUUACAAAAAACAAAUGAAGCUUUAAUAGUUAAUAAGGAAACCACUGAUAAAGACCUUACUAGUAAUUUGAGUACAAUGUUCAAAGAAAUUCAGGAACUGAAGGAGAAGUUAGGUGAUGCGACAGAGAUGAUUAAGGUUAAAGAAGAAGCUCUUAUUCAAAUGAAGAAGGAAGCUGAACAGACUGAAUCACAAAUUUUAAAACUGACGGAUACUGUUGCGUCCAUAAAGAAAGAGCAGACGUGUAACAUCGAGGAAAUGAAUAAAAUGCAAGAAGCACUUCUAAGAAAAGAGAAUGAAGUCAAAGGUAUUAUAGAAACAAAGACUUCCUUAGCAGAUAAUGUAAAUGCUUUAGAAUCACAAUUGAAGAUUGUAAAAGAAGAACUGAAUGCUAAAAUUCGUUCUCUUCAAGAGGUGGAAGGAACGAUAAAAGAAUUACAAAACACCAAAGAUGAAUCUGUGAUGAAAUUACAAAACAGUUUAGAGUCCGAAGUGAAGUUCAGGCAGACUGAACUUGAAAAUAUGCUUCAGAAGAAUUCGGAAUUAGAGCAAAAACGGAUCUCGCUUGAAAGCUUAGUUGAGAAACAGAACAGUGACUUGUCUAAUAAAGAAGCAAAAAUUAAAAUGUUAACUGCAGAAAUUAAAGCUUUAGAAAGUACACAAACAGAGAAGUUAAAUACACACGAGCAGACGAAGAAUGAAGAAGUUAAAUUAAUUCAAAGUAAGCUGGAUGAGAUAAGCAAAGAAAACAGACACUUAAUCAACACUAAAGACUCUCUUGAGAAAUCAUUUAAAGAACAAGAACAGAAGAUCGAAAUCCUAUCAAAUACUAUGAAAAAUAAAGAGAAAGAAGCUGAAAAGAAUAUGCAAAACUUAAUGGAAAAAUUGAACCGUAUGUCCUCAGAAUCCGCCCAAUUAAGGGAAGCACAAAGUGUUAAAUGGACGGAAGCAACGAAUCAGUUGAAACUGACUCGUGAAAAUAUGAAGAAUAAUUAUGAUGCAGCUGGAGGUGAUAUGAAACAACAUAUAGUUGACCAGGACAUUGAUAGUUUAAAGUUAAAAGAGGAAAAUGAAACAGCAAAAAGUCAAAUAGAUUUCUUGAAUUCCGUAAUAGUAGAUAUGCAGCGUAAAAACGAAGCGUUAAUGUGUAAGGUUGAAGUUCUCGAAAUGGGGGUACCUGCUAACGAAGCUGAUGACUAUACCCAAAGCACAUUAGAAAAACGUAUGGCUGCUCCACGCAUGUUCUGUGAUAUUUGUGAUCAGUUCGAUUUACAUGAAACGGAAGAUUGCCCGCGCCAAGCUCAAGACUUCUUAGAACCGGAGAAAGUGACAAAGUCUCCCAAGAAAGUGUCAGUAGAAAGACCGUACUGCGAGAACUGUGAAAUGUUUGGACACGAUACUCGUGAUUGCGAUGAUGCCGAGACGUUUUAACAGCGUGUUGUUAUUCGUAAACCCGUUCCAUUGCUUGGCAAAAAGAUCCUAGACGCGAGAGAAAGACCUGUUGAAAUUUUAUAGAGUAUAUUUUUGUAUAAAGAGUUAAAUUCUACCGUUGUAUGUAUGUCUUCCUGCAUAGGUAAUGUGUAUCCAUCCAGAGACUCGAGUGACUUGACGGACAGCUGUGCUCCCCCUGUUAAGUCCACAGUUUAAAAGUUUACAGGCUGAAUUCCAAGAAAAAGAACACUGUCUUAUUUUUUGAUUGGAAAGUAGAGACAAAAAUUACAUGGUUGUAAAGGAUGAAUCUA